AUGGCGACUACAGACGUGAAUCAAGAUGAUUACGCAAGAGAGGUUUUGGGCUUGGACGCUGGCAUCACGGAAGACGCCAUCGACGCCGAUUUGGUCGCCAAAGCCAACUCGUUGGGUAUUGCCUCGUCUACGUUACAGAAGCGCAACACAUCGAGCGCAUUCUCUUCCUCGACAUUCGGCUCUACCAUGGACCAGACAUUUUCUGCAACUUCCUCUUCGACGCACGCCACGCCUCGGUCUUCCAUUUUUGCAGCCUCGAGCACCGAUUUGGCGCACAGUGGCGCAGGUAGCUUUGCGCUAUACGACCAAUUUCUCGCCUCCGUUGAUACGCCACUCGAGCAAGUGCGCUUCCGCAAGGGGUCCCUUCCCGCCGCCAACUCGUCGGCGCAGAGCCUCUUCAGCGUCAGUACGCACAAGAGCUUUUCUAGUGUCAAGUCGGGCUUCAAGUCACGCUCUUGGUGGAGAAAAAGGUCAGACCCUUCUCUGUCCUGUCAUGGCUGCCGUAGCUCGGCUGGCAAAACGGUGUCUCUUCAUGCGCUUUCGUGCAGCCACACGUAUUGCUCCCAGUGCUUGCAAUAUGUUGUGAGCCAGGCAUGCGUGAAUGAAGAGAGCAUGCCCCCGCGCUGCUGCUCUCGGCCCUUUCCGAGCAGUGUGCUUCAGGAAAUAUUAGAUCGUCACACGCAACAAACCUUUCUCAAGGCGGUAACCCAUUUCAGCACACCAAAGCACGCUCGUAUAUACUGCCCCAGGAGCAAAUGUGCUGUAUUUAUCAAUCCACACCAAGUGAUUAAUCACAAGCACCCCUUUAACGUGACCUGUCAAGAGUGCCUUGCUCGCGCGUGCCGCAGGUGCAAGCAAGGCUCACAUCCUCUGGGCACCGACUGUCCAGAGGAUUGGGAACUCGAAGCGGUCAAGAAGAUGGGCCAGAGCACAAACUGGAAACGAUGCCAUAGCUGCCACAACCUGGUCAACCUCCCCAAGGGCGCCACGCACAUGAUAUGCCGAUGCAAGGAGGAGCUAUGCCACAUUUGCGGUGGCAUCUGGGACUCUGCAACAGGCUGUCCCAACUUGUGCGGCAACGAGGCCGAGCUCGAAAAGCGACAAACGGGUUUCCCAAGCGCACAUGUCCAGGAUGGACACCACGACGGCACGAGACCACCGUCGGCGGCGGCGCAAAAGGAAGCAGAGAAGCGCAACGCCGAAAAACGAUCGCUGCGAAGCCCCGAGGUACAGGCUCUCAUGGGCAAGCAGGCCCUUGAGCUGAGCCGCUUCUGCGCCUUUUCCGCGCGCACGCGGAGCUCGAUGCAGACGCGCCACGCGACGGACAAGCUCGCGGUGCUGGAGCGGCACGCCGACGAAGAGGACGCCCUCAAGCACAAGCACCACCAGGCGAGCAGCGCGCUCGAGGACCGCCAGAUUGCCGCCGAGAUGGAGCUGCGGGCGACGCUGGAGCAGACGGCGCGGAGCGUCAAGCUGCGUCUCAAGCACAUGGAGGCCUACUGCCAGGGGCGCGCCGCCAACGCUGCCGCCGCCGCCGCAGAUGCCGAGGCGGGCCGGGUGGUGACGGAGCGCAACCUCAAGGAGCUGGGCCAGCAGUACACGCUGCGCGACGGCAUGGAGCGGCAGCAGGCGGCCAAGAUUAACGUGAUGCGCGAGCGGCAGGCACGGCGCAUGGAGGAGCUGCUGGACCGCCACGAGGCCGAGGAGGAGGCGCUCGCGGACCGGCAGCACGGGGAGACGCAGGCGCUGGCGGCGCGGUGCGCGGCCGAGGACGAGGCCCUCACGGGUACGCUCCGCAUGCUGCAGCUGAGGCUCAAUGCGCGAUGGAGCCUGCAGCUCGACGUGCUGUGCAGAGAGCGCGAGGAGGCCGAGGGCUUCAGUGGGUUGCAAAUUGGGGGAAAAGGCUGA